GCUUUCAAAACAAUGUGUCGUCAUAUUAAUGCGCCGCUAGAGUCAUACCCAGUCGGUAAAAAGCUAAUGGAUUCUUUUUCUUUUAAAUAAAACAAACAGCAGAUAAACAUGUCUACUGCCAUGAAUUUCGGCUCGAAGGCGUUUAAACCUCGAGCUCCAGACAAAGGCUCGUUCCCUCUGGACCACUUCGGAGAAUGCAAAGCCUUCAAGGAGACGUUCAUGAAGUGUCUGAGGGAGAACAGCUUUGAUAACUCCAGGUGCCGGCUACAGUCUAAAAACUACCUGGAGUGCAGGAUGGAUAACCAGCUCAUGGCCAAGGAGCCUCUAGAGAAGCUGGGGUUCAGGGACCUGAUGGAUCCUCCUCCCAGCCCAGAGGCUCGAGGCUCUAAACCUUAACACGACAAAUGGACACAUGUGACCUGAACAGAUCCAGGAAUUAGUUGUGAAUGAGCUGAUGACACGUGUCCUGCUGAAGCUUUAGGUAAAGAGACGCUGAACUGAGACUGUGAAAACAAACUUCUACAGACUGAGAAAGUAAACCCCAGGAGGACGGUGGCCUACGAGGUCACAGACCGUAAUCCGCUCAUGUUCCACACUAAAGGAGAUUAUUUAAUAUAUGCAGAUAUCUGAAAAUCAACAGGUCUGGAUGCAUUAGUCAGACAGAGAAAGUUCAUCUUUAGGGGUUAGUUCUGAUGAUGCCCCAGUUUGCUGUGGUGUGUUGAAUGUUCAUCAGACACAAAUAAAGUCAUAUUGUCUUUUG